UCAUUUUGUGUUGUUUUUGCGUAAAACGUCAAAUUGGUGUGUGCUUGUUGGAAUAAUUUGAAUAAACUAUUAUUAACGAAGUGACAAAUAAUCGAGGAGUCAUUUCUACAAAUCAUUUCAACGUAACAGAUAAAUUGAGUUGCCUUAAUUAUGCCAUUACAUAGAUAUACUCAUGCUAUUUUGUGUAGAAUCCCUCUUUCCCUGCGAACGAGAGGGGAGGUCACGCUUGACGAGGCUAGAAAGCAACAUUUAGCUUUAGCACAAUUAUUACGAGAACUUGAUAUUGACGUGGUUGAAAUGCCUCCAGACGAAAAUUCACCUCUAUGUGUUUUCGUUGAGGAUAUUGCGGUUAUUUGUAAUGGUAUUGCACUCAUCGCUCGACCAACUGAACCAUCUCGUCUAAAAGAGAUUGAUACUAUUAGAGCUGUAUUAAAAAAAGAAUUAGAAAUACCUUUAAUAGAAAUUGCAGACAAGAAUGCUCGUUUAGACGGAGGAGAUGUUUUAUUUACAGGCCGUGAAUUUUUUGUUGGCUUGUCACAUUUUACAAAUGAAGCAGGUGCACGAGCAGUUGCUGCAGCAUUUCCCGAAUAUCCUUGUGUACCUAUAAAGGUGGGUGAUGGUGGCGAAGAGGUGAUAGUGGAGAGUCUUACCUCAGCCCCUCUUCAGGUUGCAGAAUCCAAACGUUUGAAAUCAUUAGUUACCAUGGCUGGCCCUGAUGUUAUUUGUGUAGGUGCUGGCAAAGAAUGUCAGGAAGUGUUAAAGAGGAUCGAGCGAGAAGCAACAUACAGUUACCAGACUUUAACAGUACCUGAAGAUGCUGCUGCAAAUGUUCUCUAUGUCAAUGGAACUCUCAUUCAUCGAUCAGAGAAUGAAAUUCCUCAGUCAAGUAAGGUUUUUAUGGAAAAAGUAGAAUUUCCAACUAGAUCAUUACCUAUGUCUGAAUUAGCAAAGGUCAGUUCUGGUUUAUCUUCUUGUUGUUUAUUAGUACGCAGACCCAGACAUAUUCGCAGUAUUUAAAAAAAAAAAGAAAGAAAGAAAAAACCAGAAAAAAGUUAAUAACAUGAUAUAUAAUCUCAGUGAAAUACCCUGUAUUUUAACAAGUGAAAAGAAACUUUCUUUAAUGGGCUGAACACGUAUUAAUUUUAUUAAAGAAAGUUGAUCUAUCACUAUAGCUUUUAUAUCAUUUUGAUAUCUGGAUGUAUAAAUUUAACAAUUAUAAAUAAUUAAUAUAAUAUAUUUAAGUUUUAAAUAUAAAGAAAGAGCUAAUAUAUAUAUCGAUGUGUUUAAAGUAAAAAUACUAGUUUAUAUUCCUAAUAGAAUUAUUUUGUAUAUUUUUUUGCACUUGCCAUUGAGAUAUUUCUACUACUUUCUAUUUUUCAAUUUUAUUACAAUAUUUAUACCAUUAUGUAAAAUCUUGUUAUAUCGUAGCAGUAUCAUGACAUUUACUCUUGUUAUUUUAAUUAUUAUCAUUUCUUAUUUGUAUUUUUUUUUACGAAAUAGUUAUAUUCAUUUAAUCUUUCAUUUUCCAUUUAAAUGAUAUAAAAAACAGUAUUGUGGUAAUAAAUAUUGCACAAUGUUUUUAUUAUGCAUAAGGGGUUAGAAUAAAGACUCUUUUAAUAUUAUAAUAUUCGAGCAAAAUCAAACUUUUACAUUUAAUAUGAACUAGUAUUUUAUAUUCAGACAUUUUUCAGAAUAUUUAUGACAUUUAUAAAACAAAAUGACUUUCUUUUUUCGACAAUAUUCUGACUCCCAUAAAUGCAUUUACAACUAGUCGUUAAAACGUGUUCACAAAUUAUGCAAUCAGAAACUCUAUAUACUUAGUAAUAAAAGGUAUUCAUGAUAUUAUCAGCUAGAUUUAUAUACACAUCUUUUAAAAUAUACAAAGAGAUACAGUACAUAUAUUAUUGUGUAGCUAUGUUAUUUGAAAGUAAAUUUCUUGGAAAAUCCAUUUGAAAUACGUUUUAAAAUUUUUUAGCUGUUUUCUGUAUGUGUGUGUGCCGAUUAAAUCUAAUACAGCAUCUACAUUAUAUUUACAAAAACGUAUUAUAUAAUAGUACUGAUGAUUAAGAGUUAAAAAUUAAUAUUGCAUUAAUAUAAUAUAAUUUAUGCUUCACAAUAAAGGCACUGAGCUUAAGGUCCUAUACACUAAAAUUCAUUUUGCUCUCUCAUAGUAUUAUAUUAUUUUAUAUUUUACAAGAUAAUUAACAUCAUACAAUAUGAAAAUAUCAUAAUUAAUAAUAUACGAAAUUAUUAUUAAUCUCCUUGCUUUUUUAUAUAAGUGUAAUAACAUUAAGUAAGAUAUUAUGGCUUGUAUAUUUUAUCUUUUUUUACAUAUCGUCUGUGCACAAGAAAAAGACACAAAUAUAAAAUUAAUUUUUGUCAGUGGAGUGCUUCCCAUUUUUAAAUGGUAUGUAAUGAUAUAACCAUAAAAUAUUUUUCAAUAUAAAAAGCUUCGUAUAUUAUCAAUUGCUUUAUAACAUACACAAAUUUAAUUACAAAAUUUGAAUAACAUAUAAAUUUAUCUUAUCUGUAUUUUAUGUAUAAUUUUGUCUUGAAGAAUAAUGUUAAAAUGUAGAAAUGAAAGUGCAAAAUUCUAAAUUCUUUGUAAAAUCUAAUCCUUCUAAAAACAAUGAUUCUCGUAAAUAUGUAAAAAAAAAGAUCACAAAGUCAAUAAUAAAAAGAAUGAAUGAUAAAUACAUAA